AUGGACAUGUCUACGGCCACCACCACCUCUUCCAGCAUGACAAUGUCAUCCACCUCCUCAUCCGACAUGAGCAUGUCCGAUAUGGCAUUCAACACCAACAACCUCUCCGCAAUUCUUUUCUCCCAGUCGUGGAUGCCAACGACUACUGCGGGCUAUGUUGGCUCAUGGUUCUUUCUCUUCUUCCUUACCGUGAUUUGGCGGGCCUCGGCUGCGAUGCUAUCCAAGCUCGACGUGUUCUGGGCUGCGAAGAACGCAAGGUACUCGAUUCUCAUCAAUGGUGGUCAAGAUCAACCCACACAAACGGAUCUCGUGACUGCAUGGCGGCUGUCGGUCAAUCUGCCUCGAGCGGCACUACGAAUGGUUCAUCAAGGCAUCGCAUAUUUACUCAUGAUCGCAGUGAUGACCAUGAAUGUUGGGUUUUUCUUCGCGGUGCUGGUCGGUUACUUCUUUGGAGAACUGGUGUUUGGCCGUGUCUCACGAUCGGACUAA